AUGUUAGUCCAGGACACAUACGAUGGUCGUCGUGGGGUAGACUUCAGGUCAUUGACAGGUCUUCUUGUGGCCCAGCCUACACUCGAACAUCUGGAGCUGAGGUUCGAUUCAAGAGUCAGCGUGAUAGUCAACCUCCCCGACGAUGCCCUGCCCCAUCUUUGCUAUCUGCACGCCCCGCUGUUGCUCGCUGCAGCGAUCAUCCCUGGUAGGAAGGUUCGCCACUUAGGCCUUCUAAAACUUCUCGUGGACAUCGAUAUCACAACGGCCCAAGCCCUACAACAGGUCAUAUCGCUCUUCGUGGAAGACGUAUUGAAGUCCCCCCAACCUUCCAACAGUCCAACUUCGCACAUCCUCAAUGACCUCGCGAUAGGCGGAAUCGAAGUGCGCUACGCCCAAAUCACGGGCGGUGUCGAACGCCUCGAUGUCGCUAGGGCACAGGAAAUGUUUGACGAAAUGCCUACCAUGCGGAUCGUUGCCGCGACGGAGACCAUCACCAACAGACCAGUGGCUGCUAGCUUCGAUCGCUUCCAACGAGAUAGAGUUGCCACCUUGUCGAUGUCAACCCCUCGAUCUGGGCCCCCGUGGUGUGAAUCCCUUUGCUUGAAGGACGUUGAUAUAGAUGACGCUUGA